AUGAAACCGGGCAAUGAUACACAAAUUUCAGAGUUUCUUCUUCUGGGAUUUUCAGAGGAACCAGAACUGCAGCCCCUCGUAUUUGGGGUUUUCCUCUCCAUGUACCUGAUCACUCUGUUUGGAAACCUGCUCAUCAUCCUGGCCGUCAGCUCUGACUCCCACCUCCACACCCCCAUGUACUUCUUCCUGGCCAACCUGUCCUUUAUAGACAUCUGUUCCACCUCCACCACCAUCCCUAAGAUGCUGAUGAAUAUACAGACAGAGAGCAAAGUCAUAACCUAUGCUGAGUGCAUUACUCAGAUUUAUUUUUUCAUACUAUUUGCUGUGUUGGACGUCUUUCUCCUGAGUGUGAUGGCCUAUGACCGGUUUGUGGCCAUCUGUCACCCCCUGCACUACACGGUCAUCAUGAACCCCCAGCUCUGUGGACUGCUGGUUCUGAUGUCCUGGGUCACGUGUAUCCUGAAUUCCUUAUUACAGAGUUUAAUGAUGCUGCGGCUGUCCUUCUGCACAGAGGUGGAAAUCCCUCACUUUUUUUGUGAACUCAACGAUAUGGUCCAACUUGCCUGUUCUGACACCUUUCUUAACAACUUGGUGAUGUAUUUUGCAGCUGUCCUGCUGGGUGGGGGUCCUUUUGCUGGGAUACUUUAUUCUUAUUCUAAGAUUGUUUCCUCCAUACGUGGAAUAUCGUCAGCUCGGGGCAAGUAUAAAGCAUUUUCCACCUGUGCAUCUCACCUCUCCGUUGUCUCCUUAUUUUAUUGCACGAUGCUCGGUGUGUACCUGAGCUCUGCUGCUACCCAGAGCUCCCACGCAAGUGCAGUGGCCUCGGUGAUGUACACGGUGGUCACACCCAUGCUGAACCCCUUCAUCUACAGCCUGAGGAACAGAGACAUAAAGAGGGCCCUGAAAGCAUUGUUUGUGAAGGAGACUUUACAUGGCCAAUUGUCAUAA